CCUGUGUACAACUUUCGUGCCGCGGCGGAAUAUAAAAAGAUGGUCAGCAGCGGAAUCUUCACCGCACUUCUCUCUCUCCUGUCUUCAGAAGAACAACAGAACUCUCCCCAGCUAGUAAAAAUGAAAUUCAUUGUCGCUCUCGCUUUCUUGGCCAUGGCUCUUGCCGCCCCACAAGGAGAUAAGAAGCCAAUUGAAAUCAUCUCAUCCAACAGCGAAAUGAACGCCGAUGGCAGCUACUCUUUCGACUUCGAGUCCGCUGAUGGCACAAAAGUUUCCGAGAGCGGCAACCAGAAGCAAGUCGGACCUAAACCUGAGGAUAUCGGCACCGUCUCCAAGGGAUCUUACUCUUUCACCACUCCCGAUGGCGUCGUCUUGACUGUCAACUGGGUUGCUGAUGAAAACGGUUUCCAGGCCACCGGUGACCAUUUGCCCACUCCUCCCCCCAUGCCCGAGCACGUCGUCAAGAUGCUCGCUGACUUGAAGGCUGCUGGUCUUCUGUAAACUUGUUCACUUUUAUUGGCCGCUUACUUGUAUAAUUACUCAACCAAAUCAAAUUGCUCUGAUGCUUUUGUACAAUUUCAGUUUUAUUCCCAGUUGGUCGUGUCGCAAAAACAAUACAGAGAAAUUAAUUCCGUA